CAUUCAGGAGUUUCCUGAAAGUAUGUGAUUAUUUUUUUGCAACAGACUCGCAGAGUAUAGGCUAGUCCAAGCAUAACGUCGUCUUCAAUUUUUCUCAUGUCAUUGUAUUCGUUAAUUUCGGCUCUUGAGCUCCAAAAGGUACAUUGCUCUGACGCGCUCGAUGAUGAAUGGAGAAAGUAAGCAAAACGACCCCAGGUACUCAAGAAACUGGACUAGGCUACUCGUCGGUGGAUAACUUUACAUUUUAAUCCAUGUCGUGCUUAGUCUUUGUGCUUUUGUAACUGCACAUAACUCUCCUAAUUCUUAAACAUGUCUGAAGAAGAUACGGGUAUUCCUAAGGAGUUGCUGGAGAGUCUGAGAGAUGCCGUGGGAAGGAAGAUCAAGCUCACCCUGAAGAAGAGGUUGAAACUGGAGGUCAAGGGUGACAAACUGGAGAACCGAGUUCUGGCUUUGGCAUCCCAUCGGGUCUUUCUGCUUACUGCAAGGGUCCCUGCCAAGAUUGAACAGACCUUCAAUUACCUAGAUAUACAGGGGAUCAUUAGUAACAAGCCCACUCAGUUGUUGUUGGAGUAUGACCGAGGCCAGCUGUCCCUGAAGCUUGGCUCUGUGGAGGAUGUGGAUGAGGUGGUGGCCCACAUUGGGAGCUGUCUACACAGAAUCUGUCCAGGCCUCUCCCCAGCGAAGGCGAUGAAGAAGUUGACCCUGAAGCCUCCCGAGAGGACGGCCGCCCUACAGUCUCUCUGGGAGGACCAGGCCACCACAGACCUAGGGCCGUGUGGUGGUUUCUCCCACAUGUACUGGUGUCUCUGUGACCAGCUGGGUCUGCCAUUCAGAGAGGAGGUGCAGUGGGAUGUGGACACAAUCUAUCAGACCCAGGACACCAGGGAACUGAACCUGCAGGAUUUCGUACAUCUUGAUAACCGAGAUUUGGUGGCCAUCAUUGUGGUCCUGGAGUAUAACCAAUGGUUCACCAAGCUCUCCACAAAGGACUACAAACUGUCCACAGAUGUGUGUGAACAAAUUCUGCGAGUUGUGUCCCGCUCCAGUCGCUUAGAGGAGCUGGUUUUAGAGAAUGCAGGUCUCAGAAGUGAUUUCGUGCAGAAGCUAGCCAACGCUCUGACCUGCAACCCUGCCUCUGCACUUCACACCCUCAACCUUACAAACAACUCCCUGGAGGACAAGGGCAUAUCUGCUCUCAGUGCACAGCUUGCCAAACUCCCAAUGGGUCUCAAGCAUUUGAACCUUUCAAAGACCUCCAUAUCGCAAAAAGGUGUUAACAGUCUGGCUCAGGCGCUGAGUGCCAACCCUGCUGUCCCCACUACCCUCACACACCUGGACCUCUGUGGGAACUCACUCCGAGGAGACGACCUCUCAAAUCUCUACAAUUUCCUGGGUCAACAUAACAGUCUAGUAACUCUGGAUCUGUCCAGCAGUGACUGCUGUCUGGACCAAGUCUGCACUUCACUUCUACGAGGUUCUCUCAAGCACCUCUCAGUACUCAACAUGUCGAAGAGUGUUUUCUCUCACAGGAGAAGUAAAGAUGUCCCGCAUUCCUUCAAGCAGUUCUUUGGCACUGCACUGGCGCUGAGCAGUGUCAACCUGUCUGGAACCAAGCUCCCCCUGGAGGCACUCAAAGCACUUUUACUAGGUCUUGGUUGCAAUCCUAAUCUCAGUGAAGUAUCACUGGAUCUCAGCAGCUCUGAGCUAAGAUCUGGAGGCUCUCAGAUUCUGGAGGGCUGCAUAGCUGAGAUUCCCAACAUCUCCAGCCUGGACAUCUCAGACAACGGUUUGGAUUCAGACCUGACCACUCUCUUGGUGUGGCUGGCCAAAAAUCGCUCCAUCCGCCACCUCUCACUGGGCAAGAACUUCAAUAACAUCAAAUCCAAAAAUUUGUCUCAAGUCUUGGACAACCUGGUGCACAUGAUACAGGAGGAGGAAUCGCCCCUGACGUCCCUCUCCCUGGCCGACUCCAAGCUGAAGGGAGAUCUGUCCAUCGUGCUGAACGCUCUGGGCAGCAACACCAGCCUGAUCCGGGUGGACAUCAGUGGAAACGGCAUGGGAGACAUGGGGGCCAAGAUGCUGGCCAAGGCCCUACAGAUCAACACCAAGCUCCGGACAGUUAUGUGGGACAAAAACAAUGUCAGCCUACAAGGCCUCCAGGAUGUGGCAGCUGCUUUAGAAAAGAACCACACCAUUCGCUUCAUGCCUAUCCCCAUCAUCGAUGCUGCCCAGGCCCUCAAGGCCAGCCCUGAGAAAACAGAGGACGCCCUACUAAAGAUGGAGCAGUAUCUCCUAAGGAACCACGAGACUCGAAAAUACCUCCAAGAGCAAGCCUACCGGCUUCAGCAAGGCAUUGUCACGACAACCACACAACAGAUGAUGGACAUGAUCUGUGUAAAGGUGCAGGACCACCUGAACUCCCUGAGGUAUACAGAGACUGACGUCGUCCAGGAGGACAUGAAGGUGGCUAAGAACCUCAUGAAGGACGCCAGAAACUCCAAAAGACUGCUGCCCAACCUGUACCACAUGAGGGGAUCUCCUGGUGGCAUGGGCAGCCCCAUUCAGGACAAGCUAGAGUCCAUGGCCGGAGAGAUAGCCAGGGUCAUGGAUGGACAGCUAAAGACGUUGUUGCAGUCUAUGGUUGACACCGCUGAGGGCCUCUGUCCCCAUGUGAUGAAGAGGAGCAGCCUGCACCAGGAGCUGAUGAAGGCAGGUGCAGGAAGGAUGACCAUCCCCCAUAGCUUCAUCACCACCACACUACUGGAACAGUCAGGAGUCGACAUCAUCAACAAGAUCAGUGAAGUGAAGCUCAGUAUGGCUUCCUUCCUCUCAGACCGUAUCGUGGAUGAGAUCUUGGAAUCUCUGUCCCGUUCCCAAAACACUCUGGCAGAACACCUGACCAGGAAACCUCAACCUCUUCUCCACCAGGAGCCCAACAAGAUGGAGGUGCUGGAGGAGACAGUCCUCCAACCUGAGGCCCAGACCCAGGAGCAGAGUCCUCACCAUGCUGAGAGGCUGGAGGAGAUGGACACAUGUGUGUCCAAGAGGAAGAGCAUUCUCUGCAGGAUGCUGCGGCCUGUAUCUGUGGCCUUUGAAAUGGAGUUUGACUUGGACAAGGCCCUGGAAGAAGUGCCUAUAUAUGAGGAAGAUCCGCCCCCUCCUGCCCCAUCGGACAAGAAGCCGACUUACUUUGGCGAGCUGCCCACUAUGGAGGCCCGAAAGUUAGAGCACCACACCAAGCUCCGCCCCAAACCGAAAAAGAGGACCAAACCUAGCCGAGAACCACGGGAACCAAUCUGCACCUCUCCACCACCAGAAGUGGAGCAGAAUGACCUCCUGGGGAAAGUGGAUGAGGGUGUUGAUGAAUUCUUCUACAAGAAAAUCACCAAACUUAGUUUUAAACGACCCACCCUGAGGGGCUCCUCCAACAUCCAGGAGGGGUCGGAGAAGAAACGGGAAUCCCGUAAAAGCGGCUUCCUUAACCUCAUCAAGUCUCGCACCUCGAAAUCUGAGAAGAGCCAUGGAACAGCUGCCAUCACCGCCCCAGCUGCUGCGACUGUCAGCACUGUGACAGAGGAGCCCUUGUCCCCCAAGGCUCCGUUGUGGGACCACUCUGAAAUCUCCCCUGACCACUCACGAAAGCCACCAACCCCUGAACCCACUGAGGAACAGCACUCCGAGAGUGACAGUAAGGGUAGUCCUCAUGGUGGCCGGCACUUUGGAGUCCCCGUAAUGGGCCCCCUAAUGGGAUUGGACCUCCUGGCGGAGAUGAGAAAAAUGCAUGAGAAAAUAGUCUCUCAUAAGUCGGACUCUUCAGACAAGGCAGAUGAUAAAAAAGGAAAGCCAAAGGGUCAAACAUCGUCGAUAGCGCCCAGGUCUAAACCCACCGGUGUUACACCCAGAUCCCCAGCACCCCAGAGCAUCAAGCCCCACAUGGGACCACACACUUUGGGACCCCUGAGCCCUCGUGCCAGCAGCAGCCACAGCCCAGAUGACACCCCUGACUCCCCUCUUGGAAACGUAUCCCCAAAAGGACCACUGCCCGCCCCUCGCCUGAAGAGAGAGCCCUCAGACUAUGAGAGGGAGGAGGAGAGUAGCCACAUUAAUGUUGAACUCACAGGAGACCCCAGCCCAUUUGACUUGGACCAAGAGAUGGACAGGUCUGCAAUUGGUGGGAGACAGUGGUCCUCCCUGAAGCGCUCCAGUUCUGUGGUACAGGAAGUAGAAGGUCGAGAACGCACCAAGUCCCUCCCUGCAUCUGUGAGACCUUCAUCCACGGUGGACCUUGUCCACUGCCAAAGCCCUGGGGUGUUUGCUAAAGACAACACCGAAGAGGACUUCUCUCCUACCCCUGACACGGACCAAAGACAGAAUCUCAGGCCUGACAACAUGGAGGACACCAUGACGACAUCCCAGUGUAGAAAGAAAAGCUACAUCUAGAUUCUCUCUACUUUCUCCAAAGUGUUCCAUGUAGUGUCCAAGUGUGGAGAAUUGUAAUGCAGCCAAAGAGGAAAGAACCCCCAAAAAAAGCUUAUGGACUAAUCCAUGCCAGUACCUUACUCUGAAUUCUCUUACUUUAAACAAAGACUGUUGAUUGGCUUAUUCAAUCAACCAAUAAGCACUGCUGUGUUUCUAUGUCUACUUUGCAUGUUAUGUAUUUAUGUAAUAACACACUGAAAGAGUCAUGCAUGUGUUGAAAAGUACACUACAUGACCAAAAGUAUGUGGACACCUGCUCAUUGUAACAUCUCAUUCCAAAAUCAUGGGCAAUAAUAUGGAGUUGGUCCUCCCUUUGCUGCUAUAACAGCCUCCACUCUUCUGGGAAGG